GAUCAGAACGCAUCUUAAAGACAGGAAACACUGGAGAGAGACUGAAGGAGAGCAUUCAAAUAAACAGUGGACUUCUGGCUCUGGGAAAUGUUAUUGGAGCCUUGGGGGAUCCUAAAAGAAAAGGCUCUCACAUACCGUACAGGGACUCAAAAAUUACAAGGAUCCUGAAAGACUCCUUGGGAGGAAAUUCAAAAACACUAAUGAUUGCCUGCAUCAGCCCGUCAUCGUCAGAUUUUGACGAGAGUCUCAACACACUGAACUAUGCCACGAGGGCCAGAAACAUUCAGAACCCAGCCACAGUCAACUACAAGCGUGAGCCUGAUCGAGUGGAAGGUUUGGAGCAGCAAAUCAAGGCCCUUCGCAGGGCCCUGGAGAUCCGCCAGCGCUCAGAGACCCGCAUUAUCGCACACGGCGAUCCAAACAGGAGGCCUCGACCCGGAGAGGGAGAGAUCAGCAGACUGCAGGCCCAGAGCGCCCACUACAGGACAUGCACAGACACUGCCUACAG